AUGACAACCAAAAGACAAAAGAAGGAAAGAAAGCCAAUCAUUGUCAAUGCCUUCGAUAUGGCAACUCCAGGCUUGCAAUCGCCAGGGUUGUGGAAACACCCCAAGGACAAAUCAAAAGACUACAACACAAUUGAAUACUGGACAAAUCUUGCCAAAUUGUUGGAAAAGGGCAAGUUCAAUGCGCUAUUCAUUGCUGAUGUUUUGGGUCCUUAUGAUGUCUACAAUGGUCCAAGAAAUAUUACCGCAGCGGCAAAGUCUGGGGCGCAAUGGCCCAUCAAUGAGCCAAGUGCCGUUGUUCCUGCAAUGGCCGCGGUGACAAAGAACUUGUCUUUUGCCAUCACGUCAAGCACAAUCAGCGAGGCUCCGUACCAUUUUGCUAGGAGGUUAGCUACCUUGGAUCGUUUAACCAAUGGACGCGUGGGUUGGAACAUUGUGUCAUCGUACUUGGACACUGCAAGCAGAAAUUUGUUGAAUGGAGCACCCUUGCCACCACAUGAUGAGAGAUAUGAGAAAGCACAAGAGUACUUGGAAGUAGUUUAUCAGCUUUUCUUGUCGUCGUGGGCCGAUGAUGCAGUCAAAUUGGAUUCGCAAAAAGGGGUGUAUUCUGACCCUGAAAGAAUCAGAGAAAUCAAUUACGAAGGGAAACAUUUCAAAGUACCAGGUCCAUUCAUUUCUGAACCGAACCCAUACCAAAGAUUGCCGGUUAUAUUACAGGCUGGUGCUAGCUCCAAAGGUUUGGAAUACGCGGCAAAAAACGCCGAAGCGGUAUUUAUCAAUGGUAACACUCCGGAGGGAUUGAAGACCAAAAUCGACAAGCUCAACACCUUGAUCAAGAAGCACGGAAGAAACCCCGAGGAUGUGAAAAAAGUGCAAUUGGUCACGGCUAUCGUUGCUCCUACCUACGAAGAAGCUGUUGAGAAGUUUCAAGAGUUUAAAAAGUAUGCCGAUCUCGAAGGAGCACAGGCGCUUUUUGGCGGAUGGUCUGGAAUUGAUAUUGGGAAGUACGAGUGGGAUCAGGAAUUGGAUAAAGUGGAAAGCAAUGCGAUCCACAGUUUUGUUGAGCUGUUCACAAAGGCGUUCCCUGGAGAUCCACCUGAUCUCAAAAAGACUAGAGGCUACCUCGCCAACAAAAUUUCCGUUGGUGGAUCUGGUGUAUUGUUCAUUGGCUCCCCAUCUGACGUUGCGGAUGAGAUUGAAAACUGGGUAGAUGUGGCAGGAGUUGAUGGAUUCAAUUUCACAUAUGCAAUUACACCGGGUACGUUUGAGGAUAUUGUAGAGUUGCUCAUUCCAGAGUUACAGAGAAGAGGAUUGGUUUGGCAAGAUUAUCCAAAGGACGGAUUGACAUUUAGGGAGAACUUGUAUGGAAUUGAUAGAGAGGACCCAACGUAUUUGAAACCCGACCAUCCUGCUUACAAUUUGAGAUGGAGAGAAGGAGAGAGCAAAGAGGAGUUUGAGGCGAAGUUGAAAAGGACAUUACAGGAAAAAUUCGGCAAGGAGGGUUAG